GUGGUGAAGCUAGGGAACGGGUUGAAUUUUAUAUUUUAGGUACAGGUAGUUCUGACGUGUCGUCGGUCUGCUUUCGGGGCUCAAGACAGGUUUUUCAAAAUUGCUGGGAUUUUGGAGCAUAAUUUGGAUAGGAAUUCCACGAAGGGUACUCUCAAUGUACGAUGUACUGCCUAUAAGCACACAUCAUAUCACUUUCCGGGGACAUAUGGCAAAGCUCCAUGAGCAAAAGCUGAAGCAGCUACAUGGGCGGCAAGUGGCGCAGUAACCAAAGGAUUAGCAAAUGCAGCGGCGAUUGCGUGUGCGCUGUAUGAGGAGGCGUAUGGAACCGAAUAGGGUGUAUGGAAAAGCAGCAUGAGCAAAAGCUGGAGCGGCUACAUAAGGUGCGGCAACAUGGGCGGCAAGUGGAGCUGGAGCUGCUACAUAAGGAGCAGCAACAUGGGUUGCAAGUGGAACUGGAGCGGCAAUGUGAGCUGGAGCAGCGACCAAUGGAGCAGCAACUGGAGCGGCGAUUGCGUGGUUUACAACAUGUGCGCUGUAUGAGGAGGCGUAGGGAAUGGAAUAGGCAGCUGGGACUGCUGGAACCAAGCCUCCCAAGCUGCAGGAGAUGACCAUGGCGAAGAAAAUUACAAUCUAAAAAAUAUCAAUAAAAAGUAAUUUUUUUUUAAAUUUCAAAAUGAAACUAAAUGUACUUACUGUAUAUUUGGAAGUCAUCUUGCUUGUAUUUUGGUUAAUUGUCUGUGAUUGACUAUGCUUUAAUUUUAAAUAACGAUUCAAUUUAUAUGAAAUUAAAACUGGGUGGUGGAGUUAUUUCACAAAUCAUUUCUUUUUG